AAGGUUUGAGGUAGAACAAUGACAACAUUUAAUAUUAUGAAGAGCCUGACAUCUUGGCUUCACAUGAAGGUAAUAAACUUGUUAGAUGAGAAUUUUUGCAGGUGUUUGAUUUGAAAUAAAAGCCUCCGGUUUGUUGAUGUGGAUCCUGGAUCCGGCUGGCAGAACAGGUGCGUCGAGAGUUCUUAUUGGAGGAGAGGCGCUGGAGCUCAUCCUGAUUGGCUGAGCUGUCAGAGGGGCGUGUCCAGGUGUAGCGCUGCACAGGUUUAGUCCGCUGGCGAGCGCACAGGGAAGUGAAUUCAGUCUCCUGACAAAAAUCUCAUAUUGGACUGAAAUUGAGGUUUUGAUGACAUAAACCGGCAGAUGUGGUUCUGGUUCUGUUAGUAGGAAGGGAUGACCACGUUGACCAAGCGGAUCCGGCGGCCGGAGGCUCCAGUGGAGGAGCAGAAGGAGGAGAAGAGAGACUCGGAUGAAGAGCAGGACACAGACUCCAAAUCACUGAGACUCACACUGAUGGAGGAGAUCCUGCUGCUGGGACUCAAAGAUAAAGAGGGAUACACGUCCUUCUGGAACGACAGCAUCUCGUCAGGUCUGCGCGGCUGUAUUCUGGUGGAGCUGACGCUGAGAGGACGCAUUCACCUGGAGCCACAGAGCUCCCGCCGCAGGAAACUGCUGGACCGCAAGGUCUUGUUCAAGUCGGCCGCUCCCACCGGUGACGUCCUGCUGGAUGAAGCGCUGAAGCACAUCAAGAGCACUGAACCGCCGGAGGACGUGGCCAGCUGGAUCGAGCUUCUCACAGGCGAGACCUGGAACCCGCUGAAGCUGCACUUCCAGAUCCGGAACGUCCGCGAGCGCCUGGCCAAGAAUCUGGUGGAGAAGGGCGUCCUGACCACGGAGAAGCAGAACUUCCUGCUGUUCGACAUGACCACGCACCCGGUGACGGACAGCAGCGAGAAGGAGCGUCUGGUGCAGCGUCUGCAGGACAGUCUGCUGGAGCGCUGGACCAACGACUCGCGCCGCAUGAGCCGCCGGGUGCUGGCGCUGAUCCUGCUGGCCCACAUCUCAGACGUGCUGGAGAACGCGCUCUCAACGCUGCCCGAUGACCGCUACGAAUUGGCCUACUCGCACUCGCAAAGCCUGCUGGACGCCGACCCCGACCUGGAGAGCGCCAGGGUCACGAGCCCCGCGGACGAGAUGAUCUGGGCCGUGCUGGCCGCGUUUAAAAAGUCCUGAGAGAACUAGAACACCAACCUGUCCUGGACUGAAACUGACCUCAAGUGACUCACUUCGAGCACUACUUCAGAUUUUUUUAAAUCGACAUUUAUGUGAUGAAAGUCAACUUUGUUCCCUCGUUUUACUAACUUGUGGUCAUGUUGUAAUAAUGCAUUCCCUUAUUUUAGUUACAUCAAAAAGAGGAUACAAAGUAGAUCACUGUUUACUAAAACAAGGGAAUGAAUUCAUAAGUUGUGGAAAUGAUACACAGCAAAAUCCCCAGAGUUAAAUCAGCUCUGCUCAGAGUACAUUUGGUCCCUCUCUAAAUAGUGUUAAAGCAACACUGAAGCAGAGUUAGAGUUAUUGAGAUAAUUAAGGGAUUAUUGAGCGGUAGUGAUGAACACCUGCUGUUAACAAGCAGAAUCACUGAAGAUAAUCUACUGAGCUCUUGAGAGAUAUAAUAUCUUUUAUCUUCAGUUGAUUUCAUCUAAGACUGUGGCUGAAGUCAGUUGUAGUUCUUGUGUUUCUCUUUUCUUCAGUGAUUCUGCUUGUUAACAGCAGGCGUUCAUCACUACCGCUCAAUCAUCACUUAACCAGAGUUAAUGUUAAUGAGAUAAUUGAGUGUAACUUUAACACUAUUUAGAGCGCCACCAUAUGGACUCCCAGCAGAGUUCAUUUAACUCUGGUGAUUUUGCUGUGUAUUUUUGUCAUGUGUGAGGCUCAUAAACAAUAGCUGAAAUAAAAUAAAAAACAUAAACUUGUUUAAUUUCAGCAAGUUUCCAACAUCUCUCAUUUUUGUUUGGUUUAACAUACUGAAAUAACUAAAACUAAAACUGAAAUAAAAAUCUUUUUCUUUUAAAGCACAGCAAAAUUACUAAAACUUUAACAAAAAUUUAAUAUGAAAACAGAAAAUAUAAAAAUCAAAUCUAAUUAAAAACUUUAAUGGUAUAUCAAUUACACUGAUAACAACUACAUUAGUUGACAAUGAACAAUACUUUUAAUUCAUCUUAAUUUUACAUUUUUUAAGAUCAAAAGUCUGUAAACACUAAUUAAUACACUGUGAACUAACAUGAACAUCCAAAAUGAGCUUUCUCAGUAGGCAGCACAAGCGUAGUGCUGUCUAUGUAGGGAGCUGACCAGAGUUUGAACGGAGCCGCUGGUGACAGUGGAUGUUUUUCAUGUUGUGCAACAAAGGUUCUGUCACUGAUGGCUGGCAUGUCAUGUGACAUCUCUUCUUCAUCAUGUGACACUCUCACUGUCACCAUGACAACAGCCUGUUGUGUUGCUCAAGGCUGCGCUGCUCUCUUCCUCUCUGUGUCAGGUGAUCCAAUAACUUAUUCAGUAAAUUAUACCCAGUUUUUCCAGACAGAUUAUAAAGUAACUGUCUUAAUAUUUUUUUAGUAGUUUUUCUUUGCAGUGUAAGAUGUUGAUGUAUAUUGUGAAGGAUGGUUUGAUACGGGUUCAAGACUGUCUCUGCUUUAUUUAUGUACUGUAACACUAGAUCUCCUGUAAACACAGAGAGAACCUCUUCUGCUAUAGUGAUGUCAUUUCCUGGCUGUCAGGAUCAUCUUGUAGGAGUUUUAUGAAUUUUCUUGUCAUUUGGUUACAGGGUUGAGCACAAAUGUGGGAAACAGAUAAAAAAAAUAUAUGUAAAUAAAUUUGUUAAUAGUUAAGUAGUUUUUAGUACAUAGAAUUGAAUAUAGUUGCUGUUAUUUUAUUUGUAUUAUUUUUAAUGAUUUAGAAUAUGCCACUGCAUGAUUUUAGAUAUUUCUGAGAUGGGCUAAAAUCACCAUUUUACAGGCAUUUGAUGUUAAUUGAGGGUAAUUUUACAUGUUUAGUUGUACAGAUACAGUGACGGCUCAGAUUUUCAUCACAGUUAUGAGUCUCUGUGAAUCCACUGCCGUUCGUUAUCAAUAACAUACGAAGGGAAGAAGCUGUUGAAGAGCUGAAAAACUUGAUUAUUUUGCUGAGCGAGUUUUAUGAAGGACUUUAUGUUGAGAUUAAUAUGCAGCACAGGAUGUUUUUCUCAUUUAAUGUGUGAAUGUUUGAUAUUCAACUAUAAUAAUAAAUUAUAGCUGUUUCUCUGUCA